GCGGCCUCUUCGCUCUUUUCCCUCUCUCGUGCUGUUUGGGCGGCAGGCCUGCGUUCUGUCUGUGAAACUCCAACACCUAAGCAGCAACCAUGAACAUCUACAAGGAUGUCAUCAGCGGUGAUGAGAUGUUCUCCAACACCUUCAAACUGUCAAUAAGCGGACUGUUCUAUGAAGUUGAAGGAAAGACCGUCACCAGGACAGAGGGCUUCGAUGAUGCGCUGAUUGGGGCUAACGCCUCUGCUGAAGAGAUGACUGAUGGCAAUGACUCGUCUACCAUUUCUGGCGUCGACAUCGUCCUCAACCACAGCCUGCAAAGAGUCGAAUUCACCAAGAAAUCCUUCAUGGCAUACAUAAAAGGAUAUGUUAAAGCCAUUAAGACCCACUUGGAAAAGGAAAACCCGGACAGGGUGGAGGCCUUCAAGGCUGAAGCCCCGGACGCAAUCAAGAAGAUCGUGGCAAACUUUUCCAACUACGAGUUCUUCACAGGAGAGAGUUUAGACUCUGAAGGCUUGGUGGGUCUGCUGGACUACCGUGAAGACGGGAUCACCCCAUUUAUGCUUUUCUUCAAAGAUGGUCUGAUUGAAGAGAAAUGCUAACUUCUCGGACAAUCAUCUGCUUUUUAAUUGGAUGCUGCUUUCCAACCGGCCCCAAUAACAGACUGAAGGAGCAGUAUUUGGAAUCAUGAAACAUUCUUGAACAAUUUACUUUUAUUCGCAUUAAGGACCGCAGCACCAUGCAAGGCUGAGUGACCCUAACACAAUUGGUCACUGAAUACGGUUUUAACUUGGCUUUUGCUGUUUUUGAUCCUAGGAUUUGCCCCGUUUUUGAUUUCAAAUUAAAGGCACGACAGUGUGUGAUUGAAAGAUGGCUUUCCUUCAACUGCAUACUAUUUGAGCAUCUCCUUACGCAGGUUGGAUUAAUAUGGUUACACAAACUUCUGGAUUGAUUUGAAAAUAAAACACUCAUACCACCA